CGCCUGCGCACGGCAUCUCUGUGGGACUGCAGCUGUUGGCGGUGAAUAAAAUGGCACCUUCUCCAACAAAACGAAAAGAGGAUGACAAGAGUAAAUCACGACCUAAAGAAAAGUCCGGCAACACUAAAGAGGGAGGGGACAAGAAGGACCGAGGCAGAGACAAGAAUCGCACUCGCAGAGGAGCGUCCAGCGGCAGCAGCAGCUCCAGCUCCAGCAGCAGCUCUGGCUCCAGUUCAGGCUCCUCCAGUGGCUCUAGUUCCUCUGGUUCCAGUCAUUCCGGCUCAUCCUCCUCACGCUCCUCUUCCUCCUCCUCUUCGUCGUCCUCCCCGAGCACCAGCCGACAACGCCACAACAACAGACGACGCUCUCGUUCCAAGUCCAAAUCUGCAAAGAAAGAUGAGAGGGAGAGGCGACGAAGAAGCCCCACUCCCAAACCCACCAAGCUGUCUCUUGGCAGACUGACCAGGAACGUAGUCAAGGAGCACAUCCAAGAGAUCUUCUCCACCUAUGGUAAAAUCAAGCACAUCGAGAUGCCCAUGAACCGUCUGCACCCUCACCUGUCUAAGGGCUAUGCCUAUGUGGAGUUUGAGACGCCUGAGGAGGCAGAGAAGGCUCUCAAACACAUGGAUGGAGGUCAGAUUGAUGGUCAGGAGAUCACAGUCACUGCAGUCCUGACCCCAAUCGUCCGCCCUCCCCCUCGCAGACUAUCCCCUCCUCGCAGGCUCCCCCCUCCUCCCCCCAUGUGGAGACGCACCCCACCCCGCAUGAGGCGCAGGUCUCGGUCACCUCGGCGACGAUCUCCAAUUCGUCGCAGGUCUCGAUCUCCCGGUCGCAGACGUCACCGGUCACGCUCCAGUUCAAACUCCUCCCGUUAGCCUGUAUUUCAAAUGUUUCUUAAUAUUUUAUCCACAUGAAUCUCCCAUUUAUGACUUUCUGUAUUAUUUUAUUAGUGUUGUGUGUUCAAGUCCAGUGUGACCAGUAGGUUGCAUUCACUUGGCAUCAGAAAUUCUAGAAUCCCUACAGUUUAAGAUGGAGGUUGAGGACAGAAAUCUAUGGUGUAAUCAACAUCAAAUUCUAGAAAUCAAACGCAAUCUAUUUUCAGUGAAACAAUCAAAUUCAACUUUCAACAGUGUUUUUAAGAGUUUGUAUGUAUGUGUAAGUUUGAAUGCUCAGAAUUAUUUAAAACUAUGUGAAGUGUUGUAAAAGUAAAAGCUUAUCUGAUUUUAAAUAUCGCCCCGUGUAAUGCUGUUUUAUUUCUACUGUAAAUAGUACAUUACCCACGCACCAUUGUACGUUUCUGACAUGUCCCAUUGAGUUACUUUUGGUGUUUUUAGUGUUACUGUAAUUUCUGUUUUAAAUAUAUGUGUUUUAUAAAAACUUUCCAACUCUUGUGUAAUACUGUAUGAUCCAACGUCUCUGUGAA